AUGCCCAGGGAUGGCGUCACUGUCCGGGGACGCAUCAAGAGCCUGAUUCGGAAAAGCAGGCAGGAGUCCUUAAGCGGCCAGGCAAAUGUCACUCUGGAAGUGGUCUUGGGAGUCACCAGCAUCGGAAACAACAGCCUGGCCUUGGACCCCAGCUCCGGGCUUGUGGCAUAUCCAGCCGGAUGUGUGGUCGUGCUGUGGAGCGCAGAGAACCGACAGCAGCACAUCAUCAACACUUCACAAAAGACCUUCACAGCUCUGUCCUUCUCCCCUGAUGGAAAGUAUCUGGUCACUGGAGAGAGUGGACACUUACCGGCCGUGCGUCUCUGGGCUGUGUCCGAGCUUCGGCAGGUGGCAGAGCUUCAGACGCACAAAUAUGGAGUUUCCUGUGUGGCCUUUUCUCCAAAUGGGAAAUACAUAGUCAGUGUGGGAAACCAGCACGACAUGAUGGUCCAUGUGUGGGCCUGGAAGAAAGACUCGUUGGAGGCUGCCAACAAAGUCUCCUGUAAAGUGACUGGAGUGUCUUUCUCUAAGGAUAGCUCCUACUUUGUCACUGUGGGAGACCGGCACGUCAAGUUCUGGUACCUGGAUCCCUGUGAGAGCAAUAAGUGUGGGGCCCCUGUACCUCUGCUGGGACGGCCGGGGCUGUUGGGAGAGCACAAGAACCACUGCUUCACCGCGGUGGCCUGUGGGCGUGGCUCACACUCCCACUGCACUUUCUGCAUCACCUCCUCUGGUCUGCUGUGCCAGCUCAACCAGCGCAGGGUCCUGGACCAGUGGCAGGACCUGAGGACUCCUGCAGCUCAUUCCCUGUGCGUGGCGGAGGACCUGCUGUUCUGCGGCUGCUCCGAUGGGACAGUUAAAAUAUUCGCCAUCACUGACCUGAGCUUCAUCUGCACCCUGCCCCACCCUCACCCUCACCUUCACCCUCAUCCACUCCCAUCUGAUACCUCUGCACCCUCCCAGACCAGCCCCGCCUCUAGCUUCAGUGGGGGCGGUUCCCCUGCUGUGGUGGCCCUCGCCUGUGACUCGGGCUGUGUCCAUCUCAGCGCUGUGUUCAGUGACCACAGUGUGUGUGUGUGGGGCCUGCAGGACGGAGUGGGCAGAGUGGACACGCUUUGGUCUGCUGCUUACCACAGCAGCUGUGUGUGGGACCUGCAGAUGUUCCCCGAUGCCCUGUGCCAGUCAGGUCUAUUGCGUGAUGCUUUCCUCAGCUGCUCUGUCGACAACACCAUCCGAAUGUGGCGCAUGAGCCGUCCACCUCACCGCUCCACAAACCUCCUGACUGUUGACUUGGUUCACACACUACAGGUUGACAAAAGCCCAGUGGUUAUGGUGGAUCCAGAAAGCACUUCCAGCCUGACUACCGAGCGAAGUGCAGAGGUGCUGGGUGCAGACAGCAGAACCGGCAUCAGGAGCAUCUGUGUCAGACCUGAUGGAAAACACCUGGCAUCAGGAGACCACUCUGGUGUUCUGAGAGUGCAUGAGCUGAGCAGCAUGGAGCAGAUUCUUAAAGUGGGCGUCCACCAUGCAGAAAUCCUCUGUCUGCAAUACAGCCGCCCGGAAACAGGGCUGCGUCUCUUGGCCACAGCAGGCAGAGACCGCCUGAUCCACCUCCUGGACUCGGACUACAGCCUGCUGCAGACGCUGGAUGACCACUCCUCCUCCAUCACCGCACUCAUCUUCACUGUUCAUGGCGGCAGAGUGCGGCUGAUCAGCUGUGGCACCGACAAGAGCAUCUAUUUCCACACUGCUCAUCGGAGAGAGGGCACGGUGCAGUUUUUCCGCUCUCAUCACAUGGUAACCAGGAGCACUCUGUGCGACAUCAGCGUGGACCCGAGUGGCCGACUUAUGGCCGUGGCUGGUCAAGACCACUGCCUCAGGCUCUUUGACGUCAGCACUGGCAAACAGAAGAAAGUUUAUAAAAGCUCACUGAGUGGAGAUGGGAGCCUACUGAAGGUUCAAAUGGAUCCGUCUGGUUUGUACGUGGCCACCAGCUGCUCGGACAAAACCAUAAGCCUCCUCGACCUCCACACUGGGGAAUGUGUGGCGACCAUGUCUGGCCACUCAGAGGUCGUAACUGCGUUGAAGUUCACCAAUGACUGCAUGCAUCUCAUCUCUGCCUCUGGAGACAGCUGUGUCUUUGUGUGGAGACUGAAGCCAGAGCUCACGUUGAGGAUGAGACGGAGGCAGAGACAGCUCCAAGGGGGGCCCAGGGAGGAGGGCCCCAGGGAAGAGGCUCCGCUGUGGACACACAUCAGGAGGGAGCUGUACAGUGCUCCAUCUCUAGGGGGCAUCUCCUCUGAAAGCGACAGUGAAGACGCCACAGAAGACACCCCUGUAACCUCCAGUGACGGCAGCCGCACAGAUGAGGACACAGGAGGCUCAGAGAAAGAACAGGACUGGGACCUGCCCAAGGCCCGGACGGUGGUCUCAGAGCAGAGGAAGCGUCCGCGCAGGCGCUGGUCUCACCGGUUGGGUUCUCUGGGCUCUCUGGAUCUCAUGGUGACGUCCAUGUUGGAUCUCAGACAACUCAACACGUUUGAACACAAGAAGAGCCGCAGCAGCCUCAUCCACUGCCGGGACCGGAGGAGCCUGUCCAAUCUGCAGAUAUCAGGAACUUCUGACAGCGUGCUCCCUCGCCCCUUCUGUUUGGACGAUAACUCCGGUGGGCCCAGGUCUUGGCUGUCUCACGAGGUCCUGACAUUCCCUAAGAAUAGCGAGAGUGAUGAGAUCCGAAGCCCGGACAGCGCCUGCUCAAUGGGGUACAACAGCAGGGAAGCCACUCCGGACUCUCUCCUGGAUGUUCCGAGUCUCAUCUCCAGACCCAGUUUGUCUUCACGCUUCUUGGGUAGAGGACAGCACAGAUAUGCCCCUGACAGCCUCAAACUGCCUGUGUCCAAAGUGCGCCCCCUAAUGGAGGACAGACGUCUUGACAACACAAGCAGCACCAGUGUGAAACGUCUCUUCAGGACUGAGCGAGGAGGAGCGCAGAGGAGGAGGUCAGCAGGACUCUUGUGGAGGCGAUCUUCAAACAAAACUCCUCUGGACACAACAGCCUCUCUACACAAGUCUGAGCACAGCCUCGUCUCAGUCCAUGGCGUCUCCCCAGUCCUCUGCAGUGAGCUCAGGCAGAUCUCCAAACGCCCUCAGCACCUGUGUGAGGACCCAUCACUCCGCAUCCCUCUCUCCUACUGUAACGCCAAGGCCAGCUCCACCACCAGGAGAAGAGGCCCGGGAUCCGUGGGGGAAGGCUCGCAGCUCCAAACACUGCCACGAUCGCCGAAAUUUAGCCGAACCGAAGGAAGUCAUCUGAACGUGGAUCCCGCGGCGUCUUCACUCCAGCUCGGCUCAGUGAUUCCGUCUCGCAUUCCUCAACCCAAGCAGCCCCUAAGUCCACGCCGCUGCCUCACUCGGGAGAGCAGCGGCUUCCUUCCAUGUGCGGGCCCAGACCCUGGCCUCGACUCCACCUCUGCCUCAGGACACAACAAACCGGCGAGCAGACAGCGGAGUGUGGAGCUUCUGCCGCUGAAGCCGAAGAGGAGCCCUGUGUGUGAGGGGGAUGUGUCCUGGCCUGGCUUCUGCUGCUCGGGGUCUGUCGGGUCAUUAACGCUGGGAGUCAAAGGGCCAGAGAAGGAGGAUGUGGCAGAAAAGCGCCCUCUUGUGGAUGAGCAGUGUGCUGUGACAAGUGCGGACUCCGAGAAAGAAGAGUCCGUCACCGUGGAAACAUGUCGUCAGGUGGUCUGUGAGCUGCAGGACUGUGUGAGGAGGAGCGUCCAGGCCUACAGCACGGUCGCAGGUGCAGACCCGACAGAGGAGCAGCUGCAGAUGAAGAGCCUCUUGUCUGAUGCCUUUGCUUCCCUAAAGUGUGAGCUCCACUCCCUCCCUCCUCCAGACCCCCAGGGAGAGGCCCCUCCUGUGGGCAGAGGAGCGGAGGACAAGACUCUGGUCCUGCUGGAGCAAUAUGCACAACUUCUUCUGCAGUCAGUGGAAAAGAAAAUGGAUACACAGACUUGA